CACACCAAGAAGACCCACCGCACCGACGUCCAGUGCAAGAACCGCAUCGACACCAUCAAGAAGAAGUACAAGUUCGAGAUGAAUAGGGUUUCGUCCUCCAACGGAGCCCUAACCUCUUCUUGGCCUUUCUUCGAGAGGCUUGACGCUCUCAUCGGAUCUAACUACAAGAAGCCGUCUCCUUCGCCCCCGGUCGCUGUUCCGUUGCCUUUAGGGUAUAGGAAGACGCCGUCUCCGGCCACCGUUGUGACGGCCGUGGCGCUGCCGCAGAAGCGGUCUGCGUCGUCUGCGGCGGUCGACGAGGGUUCCUUCAGGAUGAAUUACUCGGCUGUGGCUGCGGCGGCAGCGGCAGGGGCUGAGGAUGAUGACGACGAGGACGAGGACGAGGAUGAGGACGACGACGUGAACUACGAGGUUGAUGAGGAGGUUGAGAUGGAGAGGGAGAGAGAUAGCGGAGGCGAGAUUGGAGGUGGAGGAGGAGGAGAAGGGUUGAAGAGAUUGGCGAGAGCGAUUGAGAGGUUCGGGGAGGUGUAUCAGAGAGUGGAGGCCGAGAAGUUGAGGCAGAUGGUGGAGUUGGAGAAGCAGAGGAUGCAAUUCGCCAAUGAUUUGGAGGUGCAGAGGAUGAAUAUGUUCAUGGACACGCAGGUCCAGCUCGAGCGGAUCAAGCACGGCAAGCGAUCGGGCUCUAAUGAUAUUUAUAUGCGGGGAGAGCUUUAAUGGUAGACUUCCAUGGGAAGCAUAAUGUAGUAUCUUCUUGAUUAUCCUACAAAGUACAUAUUGUUGCAGCUGAUACUGGACCUAGAGAAACUACUGGCACAACAGUCCCAAGUUUUCUUUUUUCUUUUCUUUUUUCAUCUUGGUUUUUUCUUUCUAAAUUAUUAUUGUUUUGGGAACAAGUUUAAUCGGCAUGGCAGUUGUACUCGGCUUAGAUUGGUCCAAUGAAUUUGGUUUUGGCUGUAUUAGCUUUUUAGUUUGAA